UUAUUAUUAUAAUCAAGGGGAAGCGCUAAACCCGUAGGAUUAUACAGCGCCGGGGGGGAUGUGGAAGGCAUUCAGGCUUAAUUACUGGAGCACAGAUCCAAUUCCCUAAAUCAAGAGCCCCUCACCAACUUCAAGGAACCUUCCGUGAGGGGUCUCAUGUUUAGAGUCAACACCAAGGAUCACUAAUGCCACCUUUGAAGUCUGUUGAUCGGUUGGAGAAGUUAUGUAGCUGGAAAAUAGCAAAUCACUUGUUUGGCAUCUUGUCAUCCUGGUACAAGGCUGAAAAAGGAGGUAAAUGCACCAUUGAUUUGAAUAAUGCAAGUUUUGACAGUGAAAAUGGUGUUGGACCUGACAUUGUAGAUGGGAAACUAGAAACUUUCGAUUUUAUGGAUUAUAACUCUGAACAAAACGAUGAUGAUAAUGCAAAGGAUGAAUGGUAUAUCAAACACUUGACUUACAAUAAUGUAUUUGAGGAUGACAGUGACAGUGAAAAUUCUAGAACUGGCAUUUUCACUCCAGUUCCCCAGCAGUAUAGAACAGUCAAUGCUGUUACACACUGGUUAGCCAGAGAAGUUAGAGACUUUAUGAUAUGCCACUUAGCUCCUAGAUUCCAUGAAGAAAUUUUAGCAACUGUGAUAAAUAUGAUCGCAUCCAGAAUUGAAAUUCCUAGACCAAAAGAAAAGUUGCGAGUUUAUGAAGAGGACUUGGACUUUCUUAAAACUCUAGGCUUUCUUUUAAGUGUGUGCUUAAGAUGUCUGAUGACAAAGGGUGUUACAGCCUUGGAUCUUUCUCAUGUUUCACAUUUAUUGAAGAGAUGGAGAUUGGUUUGCUCAGGAGGGGGAACCAAGAGAAAUGGUGAAAUUUGUGUGAGCCCAUAUUUUGACAUAUUUGGUUAUGCAUUUGAUGUUGCUGUUUCAGGAUUAAGGACAUUAAAGUUUAUUAAACUGCCUCAUUUUGUUCAUAAUAGUUUUGUAAGGAAAGUUGCAUACCUGUGCCCCAACCUAGAAAUACUUAUUUUACGCUGCUCGGCAGAUUGUGCCAAUCCAAAGCAUCAUGUCCCAGUUGUUACAAAUGUUGAAGUUCUUUAUGGGGAAUCUGUAGUUUGUCCUGAUGGACAGGUGAGAAUAAUACCUGGGUGCAGAGAUCUGGUGACUCUUGCAUUACCGGAGGGUGUUGAAACAUUAGAUGUUACCAGUGAUGCUAUUGAAAUGUUAACAUAUAUGCCAAAACUCGAAUAUCUUGUUGGUGUGCCUAUGAUUUAUGUAACAGAAGAAUUUGAAGAAAUUUUUGAAACACUACCUGUAGCACCUAAGCUAACCAAUUUUCACCAUGGUGCUUACCCAAAAUCCAAUUGGCCUUCAUUUGUUUAUGAAGAAUCUUUGUUGGAGCCAAAUCCAGAAUACUUGGCUAGAGUUUUUUCACAAGUUAAAGAAGUUGGAAUUUAUGCUCCAACUGAAGUAACAGAGAAGGUUUUAAAGAGUUUUUCAAAAGCUCAAGACAUCACCAUUUUUACAGAUGAUUUUGAAGUCCAUGGUAAAUACUUGAAAAACUUGACAUCACUUGAUAUCAAUGUAGGAUAUCAAGAGGAAUGGCCUAUCCUUAUAUCUCUUAGCCAAACUUCUCCAAAAUUGGAACAGUUAACACUUAGAUCAUUUUCACUGCAGAUUAGCGACAUUCAUGAUCAAAAGCCUUGCUUUCCCUUGCUACGUACACUCAAAUUUCAUGGCCAGAAUGUACUUCAGGGUGAUGCUCUACUCACCUUCAUUGGUGGUUGUCCACUUCUCACAACCUUUGUUCUUUCAAUGAUCACAGAUGAGGAUGGUGAAGGUCAGUUGGAUGAUGACAUACUGCUACGAGCUGCACCAUUGUUGCCUAACAUUCAAAAAUUUAUUUAUAAAGUUCAGAGUGCUCUGAGAACAAUGGACGGUAUACCCUCAAGUCUUACAAUGAAGUCUUGUGAUGCCUUAAUUAAUGCAUGUCCACAGCUUACUCACAUUGGACAAAUGGAGACCUGGAAAGUAACCAAGUCUGAAAUAGUCAUGUUACAAGAGAAACUCAGAAAGAGAAACUGGGAUUUAGAGAUUGUAUGACAUGUUUAAGGAUUCAGGGAAACCGGCAGGCCGGACUUGAGUCCUGGAGAUGGGAAGUACAGUGCCUGCACUCUGAAGGAAGGGUGUUAAUGUUGCAGUUUUAAAACUGUAGUGUAAGCGCACCUCUGGCAAGACAGUGAUGGAGUGAAUGAUGCGAAAGUUUUUCUUUUUGGGCCACCCUGCCUUGGUGGGAGACGGCUGAUGUAUUAAUAAAAAAUAAAAAUAAAAACAAUGCCAAGCAAGCAUUUUAUUUUAGCCAACAUCUCAUUCAGGACUUGAUAAAGCAAAGACUUGCUUUAUAUUACGUGUUGUGAUGUUUACCUGAUCACCAUGUGUAAGACUGCCAGAGUUUCUAGUGUUAAAUCUUCUCUUGCUAGAAUGAUCUAUAAAUACAGAAAAAUUUGUUUUUGUUAGAAUUGUCUAGUAAUACACUACCUUCAUAAUAAUAGUUCUUAUAAUUAUUGUAAAUGAUAUACAACAUGUUUUUUGUUUUGGUCUGCCUUUUGUGCCAUAUAAUGCACAAAAUACUGUAUUUAUGCAAUAAAUGAAAUUUUUAUUUA